UCAUGUGAGAGAGAGAGAGAGGAGAAGAGAAGGAUCAAAUCAUGAAGCUCUCUUUCUCUCUCCCUUCCAAGUCUAAGCCCAAAGUCACAGCGACCGCCGACGGUAACAACGCCGGCGAUGACGGAGCUAGUAAAGAGUUCGUCACAGAAUUCGAUCCGUCGAAAACCCUAGCUGAUUCCACCCCCAAAUUCGUUAUCCCUCCGAUUGAGAACACAUGGAGACCUCACAAGAAGAUGAAGAAUCUCGAUCUACCUCUUCAAUCAGGUAAUACAGGUUCAGGUCUCGAAUUCGAGCCUGAGGUUCCUUUACCAGGUUCUGAGAGACCUGAUAACAACAUCACAUACGGUUUGAAUCUGCGUCAGAAAGUGACGGAGGAUGAAUCUGUUGGUGGUGAUGCGAGUGGAGAUGGGAAGUUAUCUAUUGGGGAACAGCUUAUGGUACAAAAAUUGAGGAAAGAUCUGCAGACUCUCGCUGAUGAUCCGACUUUGGAGGAUUUUGAGAGUGUUCCUGUGGAGGGUUAUGGAGCUGCGUUGAUGGCUGGAUAUGGGUGGAAGCCAGGUAAGGGAAUAGGUAAGAAUGCUAAAGAGGAUGUUGAGAUUAAGGAAUAUAAAAAAUGGACUGCUAAGGAAGGGUUAGGUUUUGAUCCUGAUAGAUCUAAGGUUGUGGAUGUGAAGGCUAAAGUUAAGGAAAGUGUGAAACUUGAUAAGAAGCCGAGAGAUAUGAAUGGUGGGGAUUUGUUUUUUGUUGGGAAAGAAGUGAGAAUUGUUGGUGGAAGAGAUAUAGGAUUGAAGGGUAAGAUUGUGGAGAAGCUGGGUAGUGAUUUUUUUGUUAUGAAGAUCUCUGGAAGUGAAGAUGAAGUGAAAGUGGGUGUGGAUGAGGUUGCUGAUUUGGGUUCCAAGGAAGAAGAGAAGUGUUUGAAGAAGUUGAAAGAUUUACAGUUGAAUGAUAAGGAGAAAGAUAAGAAAGUUAGUAAACGAAGUAGAGGAACAGAGAGAGGGAGUCGAACUGAAGUUAGAGUGAGUGAGAAGGUGGAUAGAAGUGAAACAAGAGAGAAGAAAGCGAAGCCAUCAUGGCUUAGGAGUCAUAUAAAGGUGCGAAUAGUUAGCAAGGAUAUGAAAGGUGGGAGGUUGUAUCUUAAGAAAGGAAAAAUUGUUGAUGUUGUUGGACCAACGAUAUGUGAUAUCACGAUGGAUGAGACGCAGGAGUUGGUUCAAGGGGUGGAUCAGGAGUUGCUUGAGACUGCAUUGCCUAGACGAGGAGGUCCGGUUUUGGUUUUACUGGGGAAGCAUAAGGGUGUCUAUGGUAAUCUGGUUGAGAAAGAUUUGGAUAAGGAAACUGGUGUGGUUCGUGAUUUAGACAACCACAAGAUGCUUGAUGUUAGACUUGACCAAGUUGCUGAGUACAUGGGCGAUAUGGAUGAUAUUGAAUACUGAAAUCUCUGUUGAACUGAAGCUGCUGAAGUUCAGGGAUCGCCAACUACCUCAUUUUCUACUGCAGUUACUUUGCAAGUUUGGAUAGAUUCAUAGUUUGGUGUAUGUAAUUUGCAAGCUCUUAAACUGAAUCAUGAUGGAUUUAUCUUCUCUUCUAUCUGCUUCUUGGAUAAGUUGGUUAUCUCUAAUAUAUGAUUAUGAAUCAAAUGCCAAUAAUUUUACAUUUUCUUUUUA